GGAGGGUGUAGGUAGCAAAUGCUAUUUUAUAAUAUACAACAUAAAUUAAAGCUACUUGACAAAAGAAAAUGAUUUCAAGCAGUAAAAUCUCAGUUUUUCUUUGUGAUGCUGCCUACAAUUGGACGACUUUUUCCCAAAAGUUUCCUCAAAAUUUUCCAAUUAAUAAAACUCCCCUCUAGGGCUUACUGGCGAACAUUUUCAGCAAGCGUGGUUCCAAAGCGUUUUAGGGCGCGAAGUUUGGGAACCAAAACACAUAAAUAAGUACGGGCUUCGAUGAUUCAAGGCCCUGGCAAGAAAGAUUUUGCAAUGGAAGAUUUUCAUACAGAUAAUUCUGCAAGAAAUGGGCCUCAAAAUUGCGAUUUUAUUCAAGCUGCAGUUAAUCGACCGACUAGUCGCGAAUCGGUGGCAAAAGAUGAGGAAAUUUUCUUUCCAUUUCCUUUCCCGCCAUACGACAUCCAGGAGGAUUUCAUGAAAACUUUGUAUCACGUGCUUGAAAAUGGAGGAGUUGGAAUUUUUGAAAGUCCAACAGGAACGGGGAAAUCUUUGAGUUUAAUCAGUGGAUCUCUAACCUGGCUCAAGGAUUUUGAGGGAAGGCAACAAAAGGAGCUAGAGAAUUCUCCAGCAAGUGCAAGAAAUGUUACUGAAAACUGUAUUACUGCUGAAAGUAAAGAUCCCUCAUCAACACCAGACUGGGUGGCAGAGUUUGCUGAAAAGCAAGCCCAAAGGGAAGCAGAAGACAGAAUUAAGGAGAAAAGAGAGAGGCUUGAGGAACAGAAGUCAAAGCUUCAAAGAAUCAAGAAUGAAAUAAGAUCAUCAUAUGCUGUCAAAUCUGGAAAGAGGAAGGUUUGUUUGACCUCCACUAGGCCACCCCCACCCCUACCACCACCCCAUUCCCCCUGUUAUACUGAGCUUCCAUCUUGUUUAGCAAGUCUGGAGAUAUCAUUGAUCAUUCUCUUAUUAAUUUGUAUCCAGCAUAGUGAUGACAAUUCAAGCAAAGAUGAAGAAAUGGAGCAGAAAAUUUCUAAGGAAAUCAAUGAAGUCUUGGGCAAGACAAGUCUGAAUGAUCCUGAUGCUGAUAUUGUGUUAACAGAGUACCUCAGUGACAGAGAAGAGGCUGAGUCAGAUGAAGAAGAGGAAGAUAAAGUUGAAGAACCUCAUUGCCUAAAGAUAUUCUAUUGCAGUCGGACACACUCACAGCUGGCACAGUUUGUGAGAGAAGUUCAGAAGAGUUCGUUCAGUGACAGCACAAGGGUCGUGUCACUUGGAUCACGACAGAAUCUCUGCAUCAAUGAAGAUGUUAAGAGCCUGAAAAAUAUUAACAGAAUCAAUGAUAGAUGUUUGGAACUUCAGAAGAAUGACAAAGACAAUAAAAAAGCUAAAGGAGAGAAUGCUCCAAAGAAGAAAAAACUUACCAAAGGUUGUCCAUUUUAUGCAUAUCAGCAGAUGCAGAAGUUUAGGGACCAUGUCUUGGUAAGAAGCAUCAAUUCCUCCACUAGGCCACCCCCACCCCUACCACCACCCCAUUCCCCCUGUUAUACUGAGCUUCCAUCUUGUUUAGCAAGUCUGGAGAUAUCAUUGAUCAUUCUCUUAUUAAUUUGUAUCCAGCAUAGUGAUGACAAUUCAAGCAAAGAUGAAGAAAUGGAGCAGAAAAUUUCUAAGGAAAUCAAUGAAGUCUUGGGCAAGACAAGUCUGAAUGAUCCUGAUGCUGAUAUUGUGUUAACAGAGUACCUCAGUGACAGAGAAGAGGCUGAGUCAGAUGAAGAAGAGGAAGAUAAAGUUGAAGAACCUCAUUGCCUAAAGAUAUUCUAUUGCAGUCGGACACACUCACAGCUGGCACAGUUUGUGAGAGAAGUUCAGAAGAGUUCGUUCAGUGACAGCACAAGGGUCGUGUCACUUGGAUCACGACAGAAUCUCUGCAUCAAUGAAGAUGUUAAGAGCCUGAAAAAUAUUAACAGAAUCAAUGAUAGAUGUUUGGAACUUCAGAAGAAUGACAAAGACAAUAAAAAAGCUAAAGGAGAGAAUGCUCCAAAGAAGAAAAAACUUACCAAAGGUUGUCCAUUUUAUGCAUAUCAGCAGAUGCAGAAGUUUAGGGACCAUGUCUUGGUUGAUAUAAAAGAUAUUGAGCAGCUUGUUUCAGUUGGAGAGAAACUCAAUGCUUGUCCUUACUAUGGAACAAGAUUAGCCAUACCUCCAGCACAGCUUGUCGUUUUGCCCUAUAACAUCCUUCUCCACAAGUCCACCAGAAAAGCCUGUGGAAUACGGCUUGACGGCAAUGUAGUCAUCAUAGAUGAAGCACACAAUUUGAUUGACACAAUCAGUAGUGUACAUAGUAUUGAAAUCACUGGUUCUCAGAUUUCAUGUGCACAUUCACAACUGACACAGUAUCAAGAUCGUUACAGGACAAGAUUAAAGGCAAAAAAUUUACUAUACAUCCAGCAGCUACUCUAUGUCUUGACAUGUUUCUUAAACGGUCUGGGUGGAAAGGAGCAAAAUCUAUCAAAAGCAAUAUCAUCAAUUACAACUGAUGAAUGUGGUGCGAAAGAAGCAAGAACGCAAGGUUGUUUUCAUUAUUCGUUAUGUUACCUGUGUAAUGGCUUUAUAUCUUUAGUUAACUCUUGUGUGACUAGGUAUCAAAAGAGGCCUCGGGAAGCAAUGUAUACAAUGUAUGUAAAGCUUAGAACAAUCAAUGACUUCUUGUUUUCUGUCCAGAUGGACAAUGUCAACUUUUUCAAGGUUGAUAUAAAAGAUAUUGAGCAGCUUGUUUCAGUUGGAGAGAAACUCAAUGCUUGUCCUUACUAUGGAACAAGAUUAGCCAUACCUCCAGCACAGCUUGUCGUUUUGCCCUAUAACAUCCUUCUCCACAAGUCCACCAGAAAAGCCUGUGGAAUACGGCUUGACGGCAAUGUAGUCAUCAUAGAUGAAGCACACAAUUUGAUUGACACAAUCAGUAGUGUACAUAGUAUUGAAAUCACUGGUUCUCAGAUUUCAUGUGCACAUUCACAACUGACACAGUAUCAAGAUCGUUACAGGACAAGAUUAAAGGCAAAAAAUUUACUAUACAUCCAGCAGCUACUCUAUGUCUUGACAUGUUUCUUAAACGGUCUGGGUGGAAAGGAGCAAAAUCUAUCAAAAGCAAUAUCAUCAAUUACAACUGAUGAAUGUGGUGCGAAAGAAGCAAGAACGCAAGAUGUAAAGCUUAGAACAAUCAAUGACUUCUUGUUUUCUGUCCAGAUGGACAAUGUCAACUUUUUCAAGAUUAAAAAAUACUGCGAGAAGAGCAUGAUCUCUAAAAAGCUGAAUGGAUUUAUUGACAAGUAUCAUUCUAUACAAGUGGGUGCAGGAUCAGAAGAGGACACAUUGUAUCAGAGCAGUACUUCUCCUCUUCAGAUUAUUGAGAGCUUUUUGGAAGCUCUCACAAAUGCAGACAAAGAUGGAAGGGUUGUUGUUAAUAAGCAAGAUCGACUCAGUAGUUCCAGCCUGAAGUUUCUACUUUUGAACCCUGCUGUCCAUUUUACAAGCAUAGUCAGAGAAGCCAGAGCAGUUAUUGUGGCUGGAGGAACAAUGCAACCUAUGUCAGAUUUCAAAGACCAGCUGUUUACUUGUGCAGGACUCCCAAGUGAAAACAUAAUAGAGUUUUCUUGUGGUCAUGUUAUUCCAGCGGAACAUUUGCUCUCCGUGGCGUUAGAUAGAGGCCCUUCGGGAAAAGAACUGGAUUUCACUUACCAGUCCAGAGAUUCUGCCCAGCUGAAAGAGGAGUUAGGUCGGCUACUUAUCAACAUUUUUGCCGUAGUUCCUGGUGGUGUGGUGUGCUUUUUCUCGUCAUACGAUUAUGAGCAGCAAGUCUACAGACACUGGCAAACAACCGGCCUUCUUGAUAAAAUGAACGCGCGAAAAAAGGUCUUUAGAGAACCAAGAAAAGCUAACCAACUUGAUCAAGUACUUUCGUCAUAUUCUGCCUGCAUUAAGAAGUCAGCUGUGACUACGAACACGUCUCCGAAUGGUGCGGUGUUAUUUUGUGUGGUAGGAGGAAAAAUGAGUGAGGGGAUCAACUUUUCCGACGACCUCGGAAGGUGUGUGGUGAUGGUUGGACUUCCUUAUCCUAAUAUUUACUCCCCGGAACUGAAGGAGAAAAUGACUUAUCUCGAUGCCACUUUAGGGCCCAAAGCUGGCCAAACGCAUUACGAAAAUCUUUGCAUGAAAGCUGUAAAUCAAUCAAUAGGUCGUGCUAUCCGUCACAGAGGAGACUAUGCCACCAUCUUGUUACUUGAUCAGCGCUACGGGUCUGCUAGGAUACAGAGAAGCUUACCUGGUUGGAUUUCAAACCGACUUCAACAUCAUUCGCGCUUCGGAUCUGCAUUUGCCGCCAUUCGCAAGUUUUUCGUGGACAAGCGACAGACGGAUGGAAUUACAGACCAAGAAGCACAACCAAAUACUUAAAUCUAUAAUUUCAAUAUUUAUAUGUCAAGUCAAAGAUUUCUCUGCAGAGAUUAUUGACAGAAAGAAGCAAAUAUUUAAUUGAUAUAUUUCUCAUUCACAAAAGGAUAAGAUUUAAUGUUUCAUAUCUAUUUUUGAAGAGUAAAGAUGUAUUUUUCUGUAGCUGCAGGUUUAAGAAUGUCUUGUGUGGCUACAAGCACGUGAUGACUCGUAGCAUAAUUGCACUCUCUUAGUUGUUUCACGUAUGGAUUGAGUUUAAUGAUGAAAAUUCCAAAUAAAAAGCUGCAUUAGAGCAUAGUCUUGGA